AUGAAACUGUAUGUAAAAUGGGCAAAUGGCAAAGAAGAUAGUUCGGAUGAAAUAGUGACGGAUACAAAACCCCCACAUGUUGACAGUGCGGGGUAUAAACGCGCCCACUGGAGUUAUCGCUUUGACGGCUAUUUGCAUUAUUUCGGUUUGGUCCGUGCUACCCGUUACCAAUGGUUAGAACAACAAUCAGAUGGAACGACUAAUUACCACACUCGUGAAGAAUUUAGUGGUACGCUUCGUAAUUUUGUUCCGUUGGCUGAUGUUCAGAAUGGAUUUGAAAGACAGACAAAAGCCCUGAAAGCAUGCGCUGAAAGGAAAUAA